GCAAUAAACACAGCCUUAGAAAGUAGGGAAAAUAGCUACUUAAGAAUUAAGAGGUAGGGACCAUGAAGGGCUGACUAUUGCUGAAGUUGCUGUUACAAGUUGGAGUAAUUAAAUCUGUAGCGACCGGCAAGCGGCAUUUCUAAAGCAUGGCUGACCUUUCCUGCCCAAGGAGAAGGCCGAGGAGAAGCUAGCUUAGCACAGCACAAGUACGGCUCCGCGAGGCAGGAUUUUCCGAGCCGUCCGGAGUGUUCUCGGGGGCAACAGCCGGGCCGAGCCGGCCAUGUCCGCCUUCGUCAGCCGCUUCUCCGCGGCGGCCGCCUCGCAGAGGCUGGCUGGAAAGGUGGCGGUGAUCACCGGCGGCGCGAGCGGCAUCGGCAAGGCGACGGCCGCCGAGUUCGUCAGGAACGGCGCGAGGGUCGUCCUCGCCGACGUCCAGGACGACCUCGGCCACGCCGCGGCCGCCGAGCUCGGCGCGGACGCCGCAAUCUACACCCGCUGCGACGUCACCGACGAGGCGCAGGUCGCCGCUGCCGUAGACCUCGCCGUCGCGCGCCACGGCCGCCUCGACGUCGUCUUCAACAACGCCGGGAUCGGCGGCAACCUGGCGCCGGUCCCCGUGGGCGCCCUGGACAUGGAGGACUUCGACCGCGUGAUGGCGGUCAACGCCCGCGCGGUGGUGGCCGGCGUCAAGCACGCGGCGCGCGUCAUGGUGCCCCGCCGCGGCGGCAGCAUCAUCUGCACGGCCAGCACCGCGGGCGUGGUGGGCGGGGUGGCGACGGCGCCGUACAGCGUGUCCAAGGCCGCCGUGGUCGGGCUGGUGCGCGCCGUGGCGGGGGAACUGGCGCAGUCCGGCGUGCGGGUCAACGCCAUCUCGCCCAACUACAUCCCGACGCCGCUGGUGAUGGGCGCCAUGGCCGAGUGGUACCCCGGGAUGAGCGUGGAGGAGCGCAAGCGGGUCGUGGAGAGGGACAUGAACGAGAUGGACGGGCCGGUACUGGAGGUGGAGGACGUGGCGAGGGCGGCGCUGUACCUGGCGUCCGACGAGUCCAAGUACGUGAACGGCCACAACCUCGUCGUCGACGGCGGGUUCACGGUGGGGAAGGCGCCCAACAUGCCGAAACCUGCACAGUGAACUCGUUGCCAAGCGAUGGCAUCAUGCAUGGCUCCGCUUGUCCCGAAUGCAUUUCUGUAACAACAACGACGAGUAUUUUCCAUAAAUUUUAUGAAUGGUAUUAUCCAUAAAUUACAUGAAAAUAAUGCUUUUAGUUGA